AUGACCAUCCCUCAGUAUUGCUACCCGCUCGAACUGCUCGAAGAAGAGCUUGAUGAAGAAGAACUUGACGAGGAUGAGCUUGAAGAAGAGCUUGACGAUGAACUGCUCGAUGAUGAACUUGACGAAGAGCUUGAGGACGAGCUUGAUGAUGAAGAGCUCGAUGACGACGAGCUUGACGACGAGGAGUUAGAUGACGAAGAGCUUGAGGACGAACUACUGGACGAAGCAGUGCUCCAUGAAGACCUGCUUGAGCUUGAAGAAGAGCUGCCGACGCUGUUGCUGCUACUGCUACUCUUGAGUGAUGAGGAAGAACCGCUUGUGUUUGCUGAUGUCGCGUGGCCUGAAGAGGACACAUUCUGCGAGGAAGAUUUGCAGCCGGAAGAGGAUACGUUACUCGAGGAAAACGUGUUCGAAGAGGACACUGCCUCCCGCUUGUGCACUUGUACGGCUGCCAUUGCAGCGCCACCCACAUUUAGAGUCAGAAGGCUUAACAAAAAUGUUGCCAGGACCUUCGGAGUAUCAGCACCAGCCAAUGCACUCGACGCAGCGGGGGCAAAUGGCAAGAGCAUCCAAGCUAAUUUCAGAUCCUGA